AUGGGUAAAGAUCAUACUACAAAGCAGCAUAUCAGAUCAGGUCGCAGGGAUGCACCAAAGUCAGACAAUGUCUACUUGAAAUUAUUAGUGAAAUUAUACUCCUUCUUGGCUCGUCGUACUGAUGCUUCAUUCAACAAGGUUAUCUUGAAAUCAUUAUUCUUGUCCAAGAUCAACAGACCUCCAGUUUCAGUCUCGAGAAUUUCUCGUGCUUUGAAACAAAAGGGCUCCUCUGAGAAAACCAUUGUUGUUGUUGGAACUGUUACCGAUGAUAACAGAUUAUUGGAAUUCCCAAAAGCAACUGUUGCUGCUUUAAGAUUCACUGCAGGUGCCAAAGCUAGAAUUUUGAAAAACGGUGGUGAAGCAAUCACUUUGGAUCAAUUGGCUUUGAGAGCUCCAAAAGGUCAAAACACUUUGAUUGUUAGAGGACCAAGAAAUGCUAGAGAGGCCGUUAGACACUUUGGUUUCGGUCCUCACAAGGGUAAAGCUCCAAGAAUUUUAUCCAAGGGUAGAAAAUUCGAAAGAGCUAGAGGUAGAAGAAGAUCAAGAGGUUUCAAGGUUUAA